AAACAAAGAAAAUCUUCCACUCCGUUGCAUUUUCUUCAAUGUUCUUUUAAAAUGCUAGUCGUACAAGUCCUAUGGGCUUUUCUUUGGAUCCUUCCCCAGGCCUUGGGAAAGGACUUCUGUGCCGGGCAAUCGUUUGGAUCCAGAGCAGUCGACUCCGAUGAUCCCCAAUCGUAUUACCUGUGCCUUGGUUUCCUAGGAUCUAUAAAAAAUACCUGCGAGAAUGGAUACUUGUUUGAUGCUCAAUCGCAGGGCUGUUUGAAUAAGAACCAUGCAGCCCUAGCAAUCAAAAAAUCAAGUGAUGAUAAGAAGGAGGUUAGCAUCAAGCAAAAUAUCAACGUGGACAGACCCCUUAUAUUCAACAUUUUCGGAAACUUCAAUUUCUUCGCCAAUCUCUGGGGCAACUCCCAUGACACGACACCUUCGCCUCUGAAACCCAAACCUGUGGCCCACUACCAAUUAUUUGACAGUGCCGUUGGAACUCCGCACUUGUCGAGCUCAGGUCCAAUAAUUUCCAGUAAACUGCUUACAUAUUCCAGCUCGCAGGAUAAUUCUAAGAAGGAUAUCAUAGCCAGCUCUGAAGUUCCCACUUCUCCGUCUGAAGGUGCAACAGAAAGUUCGACGCAGGAAUCGUCUACAGGCGUGACGGAAGAGGAUUCCUCCCCUGAAUCUAUACAAGAAAGUUCUACACUAGAAAGUCCUUCAAGCACUGAAACUUCGCUGUCUACAGAAGCUUCCUUGGAGGACAUAAUCUUGAGCUCUGAAAGUAUUGUGCCUACUGAACCAUCUACAGAAGCGGCAGAUGAAUCUUCUUCAACAGAAUCUCUUCCUGAUAGUACGAACCAGGAAAGUAGCUUGAGCACGGAAAGUCCUUUGUCUACCGAAUCAUCUACAGUCCCGACCAAUGAGUCUUUCUCCACAGAAUCUGCACCCGAUAGUAACCAAGAAAGUAGCUCAAGCACAGAAAGUAUUGUAGCCUUAGAAUCAUCUACAGAAGCGACAGAGUCCACAGAGUCUUUACCAGAUAGUACGACUCAAGAUAGUAGCUCAAGCUCUGAAAGUCCUUUGACCACCGAAUCAUCUACAGAAGCGACUAAUGAGUCUUCUUCAUCUUCUUCAGAAAGUACCCAAGAUAGUAGCUCAAGCACAGAAAGUCUUGUUGCCUUUGAUUCAUCUACAGAAGCGACAGAUGAGUCUUCAUCCACAGAGUCCUUACCAGAUAGUACGACCCAAGAUAGUAGCUCAAGCAGUGAAAGUCCUUUGACCACCGAAUCAUCGACAGCAGCGACAGAUGAAUCUUCCUCAACGCAAUUGCUACCAGAAAGUAGCUCAAGCACUGAAAGUCCCUGGUCUACCGAAUCUUCGACAGAGGUGACGGGCCAGCCUUCGUCAACGGAAUCUUCAUCAGAUAGUACGACCCAAGAAGGUACCACUGAAAGUCCGUCACCUACCGAAUCAUCGACGGGAGUGACAGAAGAACCUUCGUCAACAGAAUCUCCACCUGAUAGUACGACCCAGGAAAGUAGCUUAAGCACGGAAAGUUCUGUGUCUACCGAAUCAUCGACAGAAGCGACUGAUGAGUCUUUUUCAACGGAAUCUUCAAAUGAUAGUACGACCCAAGAAAGUAGCUCUACCACAGAAGGUCCUUUGUCUGCGGAAUCAUCGACUGAUGAGUCUUCUUCAACGGAAUCUUCAAAUGACAGUACGACCCAAGAAAGUAGCUCUACCACAGAAGGUCCUUUGUCUACGGAAUCAUCGACUGAUGAGUCUUCUUCAACGGAAUCUUCAAAUGAUAGUACGACCCAAGAAAGUAGCUCUACCACAGAAGGUCCUUUGUCUACGGAAUCAUCGACUGAUGAGUCUUCUUCAACGGAAUCUUCAAAUGACAGUACGACCCAAGAAAGUAGCUCUACCACAGAAGGUCCUUUGUCUACGGAAUCAUCGACUGAUGAGUCUUCUUCAACGGAAUCUUCAAAUGAUAGUACGACCCAAGAAAGUAGCUCUACCACCGAAGGUCCUUUGUCUACGGAAUCAUCAACAGGAGCGACAGAUCAGCCUUCGACAACAGAAUCUUUACCAGAUAGUACGACCCAAGAAAGUACCACUGAAAGUCCUUUGCCCAGCGAAUCUUCUACAACAGCGACAGAUGAAUCUUCCUCAACGCAAUCGCUACCAGAAAGUACCCAAGAAAAUAGCUCUACCACUGAAGGUCUUUUGUCUACGGAAUCAUCAACAGGAGUGACAGAGGAGCCAAAUAGUUCUACACAAGAAAGUCCCUCAUCUACAAGUCCAUCAAUUGAAAGCUCAACUGUUGAAAGUACAACAAGCUCUGAAAAUCCCACGACAUCAGAAUCGUCAACAGAGACCACUGAAAACUCUGAAAAUUCGUCAUCGACACAAUCAUCUUCACAAACUUCGACAGAGGAAUCUAUUACCAGUUCCGAGAAUCCCUCGACCUCUGAACCUUCAACGGAAAUAACGUCUGAAAAUCCAUCGACAGCAUCAACUCCACAGAGUACAACAGAAGAUGUCUUGACUUCAGAACCUGUUUACGGCACUACAACUGAAAGGAACGAAGUUCCAUCCACAAGUGGAGCCCCGUGUACCUCUUCCACAACUAGAUCUCCAUGUACCACCGAUAAUCCCUCAAGCCCAAAACCUUCGGCAAGUACGCAAGGAAAUGGUGGCGAAAACGGAAUCUCAUCCACAAGUGGAGCUCCAAGUACUACCGAUAAUCCCUCAAGCCCGGAACCUUCGCCAAGUACCCCAGGAAAUGACUCCGGAAACAGUGGAUCUGAGAACGGAAACUCUUCCACAACUAGAUCUCCAUGUACCACCGAUAUUCCCUCAAGCCCAGAACCUUCGGCAAGUACGCCAGGAAAUGGUGGUGACUUCGGAAACAGUGGGUCCGAAAGCGGAAUCUCUUCUACAAGUGGCGCUCCCUUUACUACCACUAAUCCCUCAAGCCCGGGAUCUUCGACAAGUACGCCAGGAAAUGGUGGCGACACCGGAAGCAGUUCAUCGGAGUCUCCACCUAAAGGCGCGACUCCUUGUCCGCCCGAUCCACCAACAGAGAGCUCCACAAGUGCGUAUACCGCUCAUCCGACUCCAAAUCAUUCGACCGAGGGUUUUGUAGCUAGAACCUCAACUCUAAAACCCUCAACUGGAACGACCCCUGGUCAGCAAGAAGAAAGUACUGAUUGCAAGAACAUGCCAAAUGGGGCCUUUCUUCGGGACGUCCAGUCAUGCAAUAGAUAUUAUGUAUGUCUGAAUGGCAAAGCAGUUCCUAGCCACUGUCCCAGAAAUCUCUACUUCGACAUAAAGAGGAAGGUCUGUAAUUUUCCCAGUUUAGUGGACUGCUCCCUCGAUGAGGCAGUAGAAAAUGUUACGAAGAAACCCUCGGAUACCGGAUCACCUCCUGACUGUAAGUCCCUGCGAAAUGGCGCCUAUGUGAGGGAUCCAAAGUCAUGCAGCAAGUUUUAUGUUUGUGCCAAUGGACGGGCUAUACCUCGACAGUGUCCACGGGGUCUACACUUUGACACCAAAUCAAACUUCUGUAACUACCCAAUCCUGGUUCAGUGCGUCUUAGAGGAAUCUCAGACUGAUGCCCAUGGAGCACUACUAGCGGAGGGAGUGCCGGAUUGCACCACAGUGAAAGAGGAUACACGAUUUGGAGACGUGAAGCAGCAUAACAAGUAUUAUGUUUGCUUGAAGGGAAAAGCGGUUUUGCAUUACUGCAGUUCGGGAAAUUGGUUUGACCUUCGAAGUCAGAAGUGCAUAGACCAGCGGCUGGCAUAAACAUAAGAGGCAUAAUCUUUAAUCUAGGUUAAGAAAUUUGGUGAAAGGGUUUUGAAUAUACAUACAUAGGUAUACAAUGGGUUGAUGGGUAAAAUAACGAUAUUAUUCUGUUUUAGAGUGGUUACUGACACGAAAUUUACAAGCAGACUCUAAUACGAUCUAGCCAGUUGAAGUGUUCAAUCAAUUACUCAAUCUGCCUAGGAUUUAAAAAACGAAUAAAGUACAUAUAAACUA